AAAAAACAGGGAGAUGUUAUUUUAAAAAAACUAUGGGCGGUUGCUGUCAAAAAAAAGGGGAGAUAUUUGUUAUUUGAAAUUAUCAUCAUGCUGCGUAGUGCUUUCUUUUCUCGCAGAGAAGCUGACCAAUCAUUCGCUUUAGCCAGAAGAAUUUUGUUACAAAUCAACAUGUGGAACAGCCCUGGCUUGUGGAGAAAUGUUAAGGAAUUUGCCCUGGGUAACAAUCAUUUUGCUCAAGACUCACUUAUCUGGAGCCGAGAUUUGGAGAAACACUGCUAUGGUGACUUAUCCUGCGCUCAGGUGCAAGCCAAUAAUGUCAUGGAGGAUUACUGCCAGGUGAAGAUCAGACCGGAUGCCACCUUUGUUGGAGUCUAUGAUGGCCGUAGCGGACCUGAGGCCGCUCGUUUCAUUUGUGACAAUCUGUUUCUUCAUUUGACGAGGCUUGCCCAAGAAAAUGGAGCCUUCUCUGAGGAUAUACUUAGAAGUGCUAUUUCUGCAACUGAGGAUGGAUUUCUUAGUCUCGUGCGCAGGACACAGAGAGUAAAUCCAUCAUUUGUGCAGACAGGGUCCUGUUGCCUAGUUGGAGUUAUUUGGAGCGGGACAUUAUAUGUAGCCAAUUUGGGUGGUUCAAUAGCUGUAAUUGGUUCUUUAGGUGGAUCAAAUGAGAUAGUUGCUGAGCAAUUAACAAGAGAACAUAAUGCAAACGUGAAGGAAGUCAGAGAAGAACUCAAAUCAAUGCAUCCAGAUGAUAAAGAUAUUGUAAAUUUGAAGCACGGUGUAUGGCGUAUCAAGGGCAUAAUUCAGACGUCUAGGUCUAUUGGUGAUGCAUACUUGAAGCGACCAGAGUUUUCUGCACCUAAAAGAUUUGCCCAUCUAUCAAUCCGUAGGCCUGUGCUGACAGCUGAGCCAUCCAUUUACACUCGGGUUUUGCAACCCAAUGACAAAUUUAUAAUAUUUGCAUCUGAUGGGCUAUGGGAGCACUUGUCAAAUCAGGAGGCAGCUGAUGUCGUUCAUAAAAACCCACGAAAUGGGAUUGCUUGGAGACUCCUUAAAACAGCUUUGACACUAGCAGCAAAGAAAAGGGAGAUGACUUACAAAGAAUUGCAGCCGAUUGAUAAGGGAAUUAGGAGGCAUUUUCAUGAUGAUAUUAGUGUGAUUGUCAUCUUUAUAGAUCAUCAGUUGAUGGGGAAGACAAUCUCUUUGCCAGAGUUGUCGAUUCGAGGGUUCUUAGACACUGUUGGUCCUUAAAACUAUCAUUUUGUAAGGGGUUAAUACAGAUACCAGGUUUUUACCCUAAGGAUAGCUUGAUUAGGAAAAAAAGAAACUUUAUAUAUAAAAAAAUAUGGGUGUAAGUCUCUUCUAAUAACAUAUCAUAAUUAAAUUUUUGAUUUAUCUGA